AUGGCAGAAGAAGUCCCCACCGCAGCACCCGCCACCCCGGCAAAGGCUCCAGCUAAGUCCCCGAAGAAGAAGGCCACCAAGCCGGCCAUGAAGGUUGGUCCCGGCGCCGCGGAGCUCAUCCUGAAGGCGGUCACCGCCUCCAAGGAGCGGAAAGGGAUCUCUUACGUGGCUCUGAAGAAGGAGCUGGCCGCCCAGGGCUACGACAACACCGCUCACAUUAAACGCGCCGCGAAGAAGCUCCUGGAGAAGGGGUCCCUUCUGCAGGUCAAGGGAACCGGGGCGACCGGGUCCUUAAAGGUGGCCAAACCGGCCAAGAAGCCGCAUAAGGCGGCGAAGAAGCCGGCAGCUAAAGCCGCGAAGCCGGCAGCGAAGAAACCCGCCGCUAAGAAGGCGAAGGUAGCAACACCCAAGAAGGCGACGAAGCCCGCUGCUGCUGCCAAGAAAACCCCCGUGAAGAAGGCCACAAAGAGCCCGAAGAAGAAGGUGGUCAAGAAGGCUGCCACCCCCAAGAAGGUAGCGACUCCCAAGAAGGCUGUGAAGAAGGUGGUUAAAGCCAAAGCUGCUAAACCAGCGAAUAAGUGA